AUGAGCGGCUCGCCCUCCGCAUCCGCGCCAUCCCGCACUGCACCUACAUGGGCUACCGCUGCAACCGCCGAGCGUAAACAGAAGAACCCCAGCAUGGUGCGGGCGGCCGCAGAGUCGCCUGCUGCGUCGCCGUCACCAAACGUGACUUCUUCCGCCGCCGCCGCCUCCUCUGUCGCGGGCGGUGGCAUCUCGGGAAUGAGGCCACUGCUGUAUCCUCCACAACCCGCGCGUCGCGUCUCACCAAAGAAGAAGAACGCGACUGCCUCAUCCUCGACUCUCCCAAGCGCCAGUCGCGCUACCAGACACCGUGUGUCAUCGUCGCCCGUCCGCAGCUCAUCGGGUGUGCGACCCUCUCCCACCCCAUCAGACGUCAAGCCCCGCCUGCAACCUCACAUCAGUACCGCGUCCACCGCUACCCCUCCCCCCGCAGCUGCUCGCUCAAGUUCUCCGUGGCGCCGCAACAACGCCACACCUUCGUCGCCCGCAGGUAGUGCCCAACAACAACAAGGCGUCGUGCCAACGUCGUCUACCAGCGCCGACGGGGCGGGUGGCGGGAGCGCGUCCGUCAGCUAUACUGCCAGCACCGAUGGUACCCCAGACCCCGGAGGCAAGAAGCCGAAAAAGGCGCGCCGCGGCUGGAAGGGGUGGGCCAUUGAGAUUGUUGACGCCGAGGGCAACAAGUACCUGCGUUCGCCCAGCCCGGAGCCUGAACGUCCGAUGGAUGCCCCUCGCCGCCCGCGUGGCCGACCCAGGACCCGUCCUCGCACUGGACAACCAUACCCGUGGAACCCAGAGGACAUGCGCGCCUCGCAAGUGCCCACUGACGGUGGCUCAAUCGGCGGCGACGGUGAGGACUACACACCUGAUGGCGAUGUCCCUCAGGGUGAUGCGCGUGCAAACGACGACCCGACAGAUGCCGACUUUCUACCGCCAGAGUCCGUGGAUCAGGACGCCGCCGAUGCUCGUGAGUGGCUGCAAUCUGGCAUGAUAGCCUGCGUCUGUGCUGACCACCUGCCUAAACCUGUUGUCGUUUCGAACUCGCAACCACUUCUCUCUCACACGAUUUCCUCCUCCACUUUUGCCACCCUAAUGCCAACGUCGUCAAACCAUCCGCCUCCCACAACAGUAAUUGUCGAGGACAACGUCAUUGAAUCGUCCACCCCCAGUGCCGAGCCGAUACCCAGGCCGCCAACAGUCAUGUCACGGUGGCGCGUCGGCGUUGCCGCUCCUCUCAAGCGUGCCCGGCCUUCGUCGCCGGUGAACGACUCUCCCGCCACCCAACCCUCUUCUUCGUCAGCGGUCCGCGCUCCGGCUAAGAAACCUCGCAACUCGACUCCGGCCAAUGUGACGGUCUCGGAGCCGGCUCGUGUCGCCUCCAAACUCGUCAAGGGCAAGGGCCCUCGUCGCUCCGAGCCCGUACCGGCUACCGGCCACCAGGUCGAUCCAGCAUCGGCACCGUCGCACCUGUCGUCUUCUCGAGGUGCUACUUUGGGUAACGAGGACAGCAGCCCGGUGGUCGAGGCCGGCCUUCUUCCGAAGCCGAAGCGCAGCACCAUGUCGCGCGAUGCAACACCUCAGGCCACUCGACCAACGUCGUCCCGUGUUGCUGCCGCUGCGGCAGCAGCUGCAAUAGCUGCAGCUCGCUCACCGUCGCCACCGCCACCACCACCACUACCCGCGUCGACUUCUCGUGCUGCCCCUGCACCCUCCCCAGCACAGGCAGCAAAGGCCAAUGGCACCAAUGCCAAUGUCUCCAAGGGUCAGCGUACUCUUGACCAAUACUUGGUUGAGGAGGAACAGCAGCAGUCCAAGACCCCGCGUCUCGGCAUGGGCGCAACAUAUCCUUCCCCUCCCGAGAGCGACGAACGCCACGAACGCAGCGUCAACGAGCCCAGCGAGCCUGAAGAUGCCACUUCCAGCGUGCGCCAAGUCCCUACCAACCUCCCGGACGUCCAGGACGAGGCGCGCUUCAUCAUUGACCAGUCUCGCGGGCUCACUGCACACGACCGGAACGCGCACGAGGACCGAGAGAGGCUGGACCAGCAGCGCAGCCGUGAGAUCGCCGAGCGCGAACGCGAGAGGGAAGAACGCGAGCAAGAGCGCGAGGAAUGGGAGCGGGCCGAGAGAGCAGAGCGUGAGCGUGAGCGUCAGCUUGAGCGUGAGCGUGCGGAGAGGAAGGAGCGUGAGCGGGCCGAGAGGCAAGGCCGUGAGCGUGAGCGUGAGCGUGGUGGUGGUGUGGAUGUGCGUGACAAGAAGGAUGAUCGUCGCGAAAGCAGCAGUCGACGUGAUGACCGGCGUGACGGGAGGGACGAGCACAUCCACGAUGGCCACGACCGCGACGGGGGAAUCCGUGAAAGCGCGCCUCGCGACAGCCGCUCCUCGAACGGUCGCCACCACAUGCUUGCGCCGUAUCCCCCGCAUCCUCACCACUCGCAAUCCUACUACCACCCACCCCCCUACGGCUACCACCCGUCCGGUCCAUAUGGGUAUCAGCCCUACGGCCAGCCUGCGCCGCCGCCUCACGGCUACCCAGUUCACCCCUUCUCACAGCACGGCCCGUACCCACCUCAGAUGACGCCUCCCAUGACCGCCAACCACAUGGAGGGAGCGCCGCGCACUCACUCGCAUCGCGGCGGAGAGGCUGGUGGUGGUGGUGGGGAGUGGGCAGGGUACAAUUCUCGUCUCCCCGAGAUGAUGCCCCACCACGCACCUCCUCCUCCUCCAGGUCACUCCGCCCGAGCUCCUCCUCCCUUGCUGUCGCCUCACGGCGCACCACUGCCUCUGCGCAUGUCACCCCACCAGACCCUCCACCAGCCGCUGCCGCCAGCUCCUUCGCAGCCGCCGCCUCAUGGACGUCCCCAGUCACGUCACGAGCGUCACGACGUCCAAGCACCGCCUCCUUCCGACCGCGAUGCGCGUGAUCCGCGCAGCACACUCCCACAUGACUCCCCGCGUGACCACGAGUUGCGUCCAGACCACCGCCAGCAGCAAGAACUGCGUCAAGAGCCACGUGAAGUCGCGUCGCGCCCCGGACAACGUGAGCAACUUUACGCGGAGAACGAACUCGGUCGUACGCUCGGGUACACCGACGUUAGGCCCGUGCCCUUCCCCACUGGCCCCCCUUACAAGCCUCCAGAGCCGCGUCCACCGCGUAUCGAUGUCGACUAUCCUGCUGUGGUGCUUGCCACUCCCGGUAACGUGCACCCCCCUCCUACCAACCGCUCCGAGGCGCCGUACGCGCGCUCCUAUGCUCAAGGUCUUGAGGGCCUUGACCAGAACCUGGAGGAGAACGCGCGGGGCUUUGUGGAAAACGUCAAGAAUAACCUGCGCACACUUGUGCAGACCUACUUUGUCGAGCCGAGUGCAUCUCGCGACGCGUUCCUGGAGCGCAUUGGCCGUGACCUCACUGCCCUGGGCUGGCAGCUCACCGACAGCAGCGACGGCGCACUGUACUCUCGCGGAUCUGCUUCUUGGAACCAGGAACAAAACCAGGAGCGCCAAAAGACUCAACGACAGGAGCAGCCUAUCGUUGUCGACGACGACGAUUCCGAGGAGGAGUUGGCCCGUUAG